AUGGGUGGAUGGCCGAUUGACCUUUGGAACCAGUGGGCGAUCCAGAUCCUGGUGCUGCUGAGCUUUACGUUGCAGGUCGUCCUGCUCCUCCUCGCCGGGAUCCGCCGGCGAAAGGCGCCCACCGUCCUGAGGCUCCUCCUCUGGCUGGCGUACCAGCUGGCCGACUCCACGGCGAUCUAUGCUCUGGGCCAUCUCUCCCUCAGCAGCACGCCACGCGAUCACCAGCUGGUGGCGUUCUGGUCUCCCUUCCUGCUGCUCCAUCUCGGGGGGCCCGACAUCAUCACCGCCUACGCCCUCGAGGACAACAAGCUCUGGCAGCGCCACCUGCUGACCCUCCUUGUGCAGGUCCUUGGCGCCGCAUACGUCCUCUACAGGCACACCGCCGCCAUCAUCCUGUUGCCGGCUAUCCUCAUGUUCGUGGCAGGCGUCCUCAAGUACGGCGAGAGGACAUGGGCGCUCAAGUACGGCAACCUUGGAAGCAUCCGGAGCGCCCUCAGGAAGAAACCGCCGGCAAAACAUUAUGUCUACCCCGAGUACGAUGAGGUCGACCUCUCCCAAUCCCAGGUGUUGAGAGGGGACCUUCUCCAAGAGGAAGAAGAGGUCCUCCUACGACGCGCGCACUCCGUCUUCCACAUCUGCCUGCGCGCAGCAGUGGAUUCCUCGGUCGACGUCGAUCCUGAUACGGCCGAUAAAAGGCUGCUCAAAUACGGGUGGAAGACCAUGUGGAGGCUGGUGGAGAUGGAGCUGUCCCUGCUGUAUGACAUCCUCUACACAAAGGCAGCCGUGAUCCACACUUGGUCAGGUUACCUGAUUCGUGUUUUCUCCCUGGCCGCCGCCGUCUCAUCGUUCCUGAUGUUUUGGUUCAGUGCAAAACAUGGCCACAACCAUGUCGACAUCGCCAUCACCUACACCUUGCUGGCUGGGGCCUUCUUCCUGGAGCUGGCGUCGCUGCUCGGCGCUCUUGGGUCGAGCUGGACGCUCACGUUCCUGUACUCUACGCGCUGGAGCUGGCUUAAGCAUGCAGCCUUGUGUAGAGGAAGAUGGGAUCGGUUUCGCCGCAUGGUUGUGUCCCUCCGCCGCUUGCUCACCUUCAAUAAUGUCGCAAGGCGGUGGUCAGGCACCAUGGGGCAGUACAACAUGCUACGCUUCUGCAGCCGCGGUACGAGUGGUCCGAGUGCUGCUUGGUUGAUGAAAGUGCUUGGUCUCGAGGAGUGGUGGAACAAGAAACACUACUCGCGGACUAUAGAGAUCUCGGAGCAUGUCAAGGAGUUGCUGCACACACAUGUGCGACAUAAGAGCCCAGAACAGGUCAACACGAUCGGCGUUGUGAGAAAAAGCUGGGGUGAGGUAGCGCUGGCCAACCACAAGGACCUCGAAUGGUACCUGGGUGUCGAGCUCAGUGAGGGCAUCCUCAUGUGGCACAUUGGCACCGAUCUUUUCUUGAUCCAAAGAAGAAGAAGAAGAAGAAGAAGAAGAAUGAUGCAUGGGCAUGUGGAGGACGACUACAAGACAGUGAGGGCGAUCGAGGCAAUAUCCAACUACAUGAUGUUCCUCUUGUGA